AAAGUUGCACUUGUUUUAAAUUCGCUUAGGAAGACCGACUGUUGCUACCGUUAUGGCUCGAACAAAGCAGACCGCUAGGAAGUCUACCGGUGGAAAGGCUCCUCGUAAACAACUUGCUACAAAGGCUGCCCGCAAAAGUGCUCCGGCUACUGGAGGUGUCAAGAAGCCUCAUCGUUACCGGCCUGGCACUGUUGCUCUUCGAGAAAUCCGUCGAUAUCAGAAGUCCACCGAAUUACUUAUUCGCAAGCUUCCUUUCCAGCGACUUGUUCGAGAGAUCGCACAGGAUUUCAAGACGGAUCUUCGUUUCCAGAGUUCUGCAGUCAUGGCUUUGCAGGAGGCAAGCGAGGCUUAUCUUGUAGGCCUCUUUGAAGAUACCAACCUCUGCGCCAUUCACGCUAAGAGGGUAACUAUCAUGCCCAAAGAUAUUCAGCUAGCAAGGCGCAUUCGAGGAGAACGAGCUUAACCUAUACACGACCAGUGAACCCAAAGGCUCUUUUAAGAGCCACA